AUGAGUAUGUAUGGCCAGAAGGCGUGGUUCCAACAUUUGUUGCAUAAUGUUGAGACGGCCACAGUACCGGCCACAGGCGAAGUAUCAGUAGUCCAAAAAGACUUAAAAGUGGAAAACGUAAAUGUAGCACACCAGAUGAUACAAGUGAGAGAUGUACCGCGCACCCAACUGCAUCCGCGACCUUACAUGAAAAAACCGUUAACCGCUAAAACAUGGAUACUGAUCCUGCCAUUAGUCAUAGAAGACAGCGAGCUUGAAAGCCGUUUGCAGGAUAGGGAGUUAUAUGUGGAUAAUUUAUUACAGAACAUUUGA